CGGUCCGGUAAGUGGAUGAAGAGCAGGCUGGACGCUACAUUGGAGAUGUGAUGUAUUAUAAGUGUAAGAUUCUGAAGUCUUUAUUGCCCUGCGAUUCGACACUUUGGAGGUUCGUUAUGUGUGAAUGUUGUAACGUUCAUAAACUGGUAUAAUGGCAGGCUUGGGCCGUCAUGUCAAUUCUACUUUAGAACUUCGGCGAAUGCUUAAAUUUUUGUGCGUGGAUAAUUAAUUCAGUGCAUCAUUUCCAUUAUAAAGGUUCGGAAAUCUUGGUCCAUUUUACAGGCUUUUGGAUCCUAUUUGCUGUACAUUGAAUGCUCUUCAGUGUUUUAACGCUGUUCUUCAUCAUUUUAAAGAAAAGGUUUGAAACAAAAAAAUCUAUUGAUAUGAGCUGUUGGGAAUAGAAUGGUAGAUCAUAUUUUCAUUUAACAUGGUAUGAGUUCAGACGGCGGACCCUGAAAAUAUUUCGUCCAGCGGUAAUUUGCUGGUUCCCGGACUGCCUGGAGAUUGGCUCUCUGAUUACUGGUGCAGUAAACCCCUGUGGGGGGCGCUAGGCCGAUGGACGGGCACUGGUUCCCCGCUCUUUACACGGUUGUACUCUCUCUGUCGGUUCAUAUGAUUAAUUAUGUACUGAGUGAUUGCCCGGAGUCCUCUAGGACCUGCCUCCUCCCCGUGUCCCGCCUGCAGCUGUACGUCCAUGACAUACUGCCCCUGGGCGGCUUCUACACGACAUACAACCAAACAGCACUGGUGGACAUAUGCAGGUUGGUUGAUGAAUAUCAGACUUGUUCUCAGACAAUCACAAAAGGUUGUGAUAGAAUAACUAUCCAUAAUAUGCAUUUGCUAUACCGUGCCUUCCUUCCUAUCUGUGGAAAAUAUAAACAAGACUACGUAUAUCACAGGGACUGCUAUAGCCAACAAAUGUUUUUAUACAAGUCUUGUCAUCAGAGAAGGCAAAGCCAAGUUCACCAAAUACGAAGGAAUGAGCACUACAAUUUACAGAUCUGCCAAGUAACCAACCAGUAUAUGAAGUGUGUUUACCUUGUUACAGCAUUACAGUGUUCUAUGGAGGCGGCGGAUGUGUACUUUAAUAUUCUAAACCAAUCAAUAUCAUUGUCAUUCAGUGACGCAGACUUCACGUGUUAUAUACGUCAUCCCGAUGACGACAUAUCUGUUUUCACGACAACGAAAUCCACUUCUAGGGCUGCGACAUCUCUAGGUUUUACAACGAGUGUUGGGGGUCCGAAAGGCAAACGAUCUGUCAGUUCCGCAACAGAAGCAGUUUCUUCUAAUUCGGGGUGCUUUGUAUUGCUUCUCGUGCUUUAUUUUAUAAUCAUAACAAUGAUUUAAUAGUAAAUAUUUUUAUUCA